CAAUGAUGAUCGGUUAGUUUGUCUUUGGUCAUAGGUGGUCAGCACAAGAGCCUUAGACCCUUGUUUUAUGCUGCAAUACCAGAAAAAGAAUGUCAACUAAAGAGUCAGGCCGUGAAUGGACUGUGAAGAAACCUCAUACCUAAUUGCAGGAAGUUUUCGACCUUUGGCCUACUGGGAUAUAUUCGUGAUGCACCAGCUAGACGGAUGCUUGGGCCCUUGCACUGUGAAUGAACCAUCAUGAAAUACGCAGUAAGAGGCCAGCUUCAUGCAAAGUUCAUUCUGAAGUGUUUAAUGAGAUUUGAAUAUCGAAAUUCAGGUUCAAAGAAGUUCGGAACAUUUACUACCAUUUCUAUUCUGAAAAUUUGAUCGGUAAUAUUUAUGUUAGUGCUUUUCUUUCCUGGGGAUCGUCGUAAUUUAGGAGUCGUUUCUUUUGGUAAUUUGAUAUGUAUGGUCAUCUGUUGAAUGCUGGGCAGGCAUGUUAGUUUCUUAUUUUUCCUAUUUAUUUGGCAAUUUUGGUUCGAAUUAUGGGCAUCUAGGACCUAGUUUUUUAUUUUCCUCAUAUUUUUGGAUUAUAUUCCAUUCUAGUUUGGUCGUGAACAAAAAGAUUAGUAUGCAAUUCAUGGUUGUAUGUUGUAUUUUCUAAUUUCUGUUAGUAUUUUCAAUGAAGAGUUGGAGCUGUU